AACGAAAAACAAUUCACAUUUUUUGCUUGAAUGUAUACACUCAGUAUAGAACCUGAUUGCCGAGGUAUUGGAUGUAAGCAACAGCCAGAUUUUAGCCUAAAAACCUUUUUUCAUUUACCGCGUACCACAAUCUACAACCCAAGGUUAUAUCUAAUCAAUUCUAAAACACAUUAGCUCAGUAGUGGCGUUGUAGUAGUACGACAGGAAAGUGUUCCUAUAUUGGGUAAUGGCUUCGUCCGUCUGUCAUUUGUGAAUCUGAAGAGUGUUCAGCAACUCUUCCUUGAUAAAUAAAUAUACUACCGGAAUAAUGGGUAAUCUUCUUCGCCUCUUAGCCCGUGAAGAAGGAACGUGUUUUUCUCCACAACGCUACGAUUUGUUUCUGGAUUUUGAAACUGUUUUAUUGCAGAUGCUCAACCAACCGAGUCAGAGAAAGAGAUGUUCCUUGAAGUUGACAGUGUCCUGAAAAAAGGUCAGAUUAUACUCCAUGAGAUUAGCCAAUACAGAGGGGCCAGUAAAGAAAUCAGAGAGGCAAUCAGCAAUCCAGGGGAAGAUUACCAAGAAAAAGCCAGAGAUGCUGUAUUCCCACUUGUCCAGCAAUUAAGGCGAUAUUAUGAUUUUUCAUCAGAUAUUGAGACUGUGGUGCCAAAGAUUCUUUCCCAGUUAUGUUCUGGGAGCAUGAGCCCUACUCAACAUUUGGAGAAACAGCAAGCAUUGGUAAAGCAGUUUGCAGAAAUUUUAGAAUUUGUUUUGAAAUUUGAUGAACAUAAGAUGACAACUCCAUCCAUUCAGAAUGAUUUUAGUUAUUACCGACGAAUCGUGUCGAGGCAUAGCCUCUCUGGACCCAUAAACGACGAACAAGAUCUUUUUAAAGUAACCGAAAAUGACGAGCAGAUCGGCUCAGCUUUAGCCAGUCAUAUGUCAUUAUUCUACGCCCAGCCCACCCCUAUGCUCAAAGUGCUCAGCGAAGCCACCAUGAAAUUUGUGGCGGACAAUAAAGAUAUUCCCGUGGAAAACACAACGGAAACACUGAGCACAAUGGCAAGCGUCUGCCAAAGCAUGCUGAAAGAUCCAGAUUUGAUUGCGCGAUUUAUGCGCGAAGAAACGUACCUGUUUGUGCUGCGAGUCAUGGUUGGCCUAGUUAUUCUUUAUGAUCACGUUCAUCCAGUCGGGGCUUUCCAGAAAUCUUCCAAUGUCGAUGUUAAAGGUUGUGUUCGUGUGCUGAAAGAGCAACCAAGUUCUCGAUCUGAAAGUCUUUUGAAUGCUUUGCGAUAUACCACACGUCAUCUGAAUGACGAAUCCACUCCGAAACAUAUAAAAACUCUUUUAGCGUCCUAAAUUGUUGUUGUAACACAUCAUCGUCCUGUGAAAGUCCUGGUCAGUUCGCGCUGCAAACGGUCAAUCAUCAUUUCAUAUUUUACGGUCCCCUGUGAUCAUAUCGGUGGCCGUUGAUUAAAUGUCGCUUUUUAACCGUUCAACCUGCCAAUCCCUUAGCUAAAUUGCAUUAGCAAAAUCUACAACUUUUCUCACCCAUCUGUGUUUUUUUUUUUUAUUGUUAUUAUUAUUAAUGUUCCUUGGGCGUGGAAUAAGAACACAGACCAGUCGUCUUUUUUCUGAUGGCGUGUUUGUGCUCAUUUUUUAAGGCAUCGAAGUCUUUCUACUUCUAAUCGUCGGAGGAGGGAGAUUCGCGUGUCCGUUCCAUCUCGCGAUACCAAGUGAAGUGUUCUAGAAGAAAAAAGAAAACAACAAUCCAAAUUAAAUUUAUCACGAGAAACUAAUUGUUUUUUUUAUUUUAAGUGUUAUGUAGUCGAUAUUCUCGUGCCAUCUGUUGAUUGCUCUCAUAACAAAAUAAGACAGAAAACGUGACGCUGUAUGGUUUUCCCUAACACAGGCACACUAAAAACGGACCAAAGCGUGUCCAGCAUUGUAAUACAAACCCCUUUUUUCUGUUAAAACCAAAAACAAAUACAUACUCUGUUGUUCAAAAA